AUGAAGCCCGUCGAACAUUCACAAACCCGCAAUACUCAAUACUCAGAAGCAACUGCAGUGAAUGCCUCUCCAAUUCAACCUCUCGAGACCACCGACCAACAUACCACGCUCCGAAUCGAUUUCAAAUGGGGCAAGUUCAAGUCCCUCGUUUCCGAUGUCAACAAACCCGACAAACCCCUCUACAUCAUCAAAUAUAAGCUGUUCUCCCCCAAACAAAUAAUCUACAAAUCUGCCUCCACAAACGAUGUCAUUGGCACCAGUUCUAUUCACGUGGUCAGCAUUGACCCAGACUAUGAAUGCCGCGGCCGAAGAGACACCCUCGUGGCCCAAAAGCGUUUCAAAACAUUAUACACCCACCGCUCCGGCUUUCUCAAGAAUCCCCAGGGCCAGCCCGCUGUGAUGACCUGGACAGGCGAUGUCGGUGCUUCGAAGUGGGAUUUUGUUUGCACCGACGAACAACAGAUGCCUGUUGCCAAAUUCACGGCAAAUUUGUGGGGUGUCAAGAAAAUCGGCAAGAUUGAAUUGAUGGGUCCGUCGUCGCAUGAGGAGGGUGUGAGGGAUGAGAUGCUUAUCACUGGUAUGACGCUGGCAUAUUGUAUGGUGUUACGCACGAGUAACAUCUUUAACUUGCUUGGCUCUGUCUUUGCAGAUCCUGCUCAUGACAAGAAAUACAAGUCUGAGCCACUGCCACCAACGGCUAGGAGGAAGUCUUCUUCGGAUAGUUUUAGUCUUUCCCAAAUGUCGACUGCUGCUCCUAACACACAGACUGAUGUUAGACACCGGCAACCACAUUCUGGUCCUUCUACCGAGGCACAGGGCUAA